GAGCGAGCCCCGCGCCCGCCCCCGCGCAGAUCCGCACGCAGUUCCGCGGAGUCCGCACACACGCGUCGGAGGAGCGCCCGCCUGGCUCUUCCGCCGACCCCCGGGGUUCUCUGUCUCCCAGGAGUCCGGGUGCCUCCUGGCCGUUUUCCACCGCUUUCACCGCCCGCCCUACUUUUUUCGGGGUUCCUUGGCUUAGCCGAGGCAGUGAGAAGGAAGGCAGAGGAGGAGAGGAGGCGGGAGCCAGGGCGGCCCGAGCCGAGAGAAAGUGGCAUGCCCGAGCCCUGGAGGCGGAGGUGGCGGAGGACGGGGGAAGACGAUGCCGCGCAUCCGUAGGGGAAGUAGGCGAGAGCGAGCGAGGCGAGUGGGGCGCCCGGGCGCCUACAGGCUGCGGGGAGGCGCGCAUCGCUCUGAGGCUCCGGCCUCCGCUCCCCCGUGCCCCGACGCUGCAGGCGACAGGGCUCGGCUCCAGCAGCCUCCGCCGUCGCCGCCGCCGCCACCCGGAGGACUAAGCAAAAGUUUGGAUCUUGGGGAGGGCGCUGCUCUGAGCGGGAUUACCACCAGGGUUGGAAGGAGACCUCGAGAACCUUCGCAGAUCACAGAUUGUGCUUAACCAAGAAGUCCACAGGUCCAUCAGCCCUGGCCUGACCUCCAUCAGAGGACAGGAGUUCUGUCCACCCACUCUGGCUGUGUAGACCCCGCAGAUAAAGUGGCCUCACCUGCUGCCUGCGUAGAAAAUUCUCCCUAUUGAAGUCUUUUGCACAUGGAGGACAACAGCAAAGAGGGCCAUACAGGCUGAUAAGACCAGAGACAUCAGAAAGGUUCUUUCACCGAUGCCCUCGGGACAUUUCCUGUAGCUGGAAUUCUGGACUUUGACAGAACCUGUCCCGUCAUUUUGAUUUUGCUGAUUAUAUAUAUAUAUAUAUAUAUAUUUUUUUUAAUUUUUGUUUUCCCCACCACAUUGUAUUUUCUUUCUGUUCUUCAGAAAUGGGCCUGCAGACCACAAAGUGGCCCAGCCAUGGGGCUUUUUUCCUGAAAUCUUGGCUUAUCCUUUCCCUAGGGCUCUACUCACAAGUGUCAAAACUCCUGGCCUGCCCUAGCGUGUGCCGCUGCGACAGGAACUUUGUCUACUGUAACGAGCGAAGCUUGACCUCAGUGCCUCUUGGGAUCCCGGAGGGCGUAACCGUACUCUACCUCCACAACAACCAAAUUAAUAAUGCUGGAUUUCCUGCAGAGCUGCACAAUGUACAGUCAGUGCACACGGUCUACCUUUAUGGCAACCAACUGGAUGAAUUCCCCAUGAACCUUCCCAAGAACGUCCGAGUUCUCCAUUUGCAGGAAAACAACAUUCAGACCAUUUCACGUGCUGCCCUUGCCCAGCUCCUGAAGCUUGAAGAGCUGCACCUGGAUGACAACUCCAUCUCCACGGUGGGGGUGGAGGAUGGGGCCUUCCGGGAGGCUGUUAGCCUCAAGUUGUUGUUUCUGUCCAAGAACCACCUGAGCAGCGUGCCUGUCGGGCUUCCUGUGGACCUGCAAGAGCUGAGAGUCGAUGAAAACCGAAUCGCCGUGAUCUCAGACAUGGCCUUUCAGAACCUCACAAGCUUGGAGCGUCUGAUCGUGGAUGGGAAUCUCUUGACGAACAAGGGCAUUGCCGAGGGCACCUUCAGCCAUCUCACCAAGCUCAAGGAAUUUUCCAUAGUCCGUAAUUCGCUCUCCUAUCCCCCUCCUGAUCUGCCAGGUACGCAUCUCAUCAGGCUGUAUCUGCAGGACAACCAGAUUAACCACAUCCCUCUGACGGCCUUCUCCAACCUCCGGAAGCUGGAACGGCUGGACAUAUCCAACAACCAACUGAGGAAGUUGACUCAAGGGGUCUUUGAUAAUCUCUCCAACUUGAAGCAGCUCACUGCUCGGAAUAACCCUUGGUUUUGUGACUGCAGUAUUAAAUGGGUCACGGAAUGGCUCAAAUAUAUCCCUUCAUCUCUCAACGUCCGGGGUUUCAUGUGCCAAGGUCCUGAACAAGUCCGGGGGAUGGCUGUCAGGGAGCUGAAUAUGAAUCUUCUGUCGUGUCCCACCACGACCCCUGGCCAGCCUCUCUUUACCCCGGCCCCAAGUACUAUUUCUCCCACGACACAGCCUCCCACCCUCUCUGUUCCAACCCCUAGCAGAAGCUACACACCUCCAGCUCCCACUACAUCGAAACUUCCCACCGUUCCUGACUGGGAUGGUAGAGAAAGAGCGACUCCACCUAUAUCUGAGCGGAUCCAGCUGUCCAUCCACUUUGUGAAUGAUACUUCCAUCCAAGUCAGCUGGCUGUCUCUCUUUACUGUGAUGGCAUACAAACUCACGUGGGUGAAGAUGGGCCACAGCCUGGUGGGGGGCAUCGUUCAGGAGCGCAUCGUCAGUGGGGAGAAGCAACACCUGAGCCUGGUUAAUUUGGAGCCCAGAUCCACUUAUCGGAUUUGCUUAGUGCCACUGGAUGCUUUUAACUACCGUGCCGUAGAAGACACCGUCUGCUCGGAGGCCACCACCCUUGCCUCCUAUCUGAACAACGGCAGCAACACCGCUUCGAGCCAUGAGCAGACGACAUCCCACAGCAUGGGCUCCCCUUUUCUGCUGGCGGGUUUGAUCGGGGGUGCAGUGAUAUUCGUGCUCGUGGUCUUGCUCAGCAUCUUCUGCUGGCACAUGCACAAAAAGGGGCGCUACACCUCACAGAAGUGGAAAUACAACCGGGGCCGUCGGAAAGAUGACUAUUGCGAGGCAGGCACCAAGAAGGACAACUCCAUCCUGGAGAUGACGGAAACCAGCUUUCAGAUCGUCUCCUUAAAUAACGAUCAGCUCCUUAAAGGAGAUUUCAGACUGCAGCCCAUUUACACCCCAAACGGGGGCAUUAAUUACACAGACUGCCAUAUCCCCAAUAACAUGAGAUACUGCAACAGCAGCGUGCCAGACCUGGAGCACUGCCACACGUAACAACCAGAGGUCCAGCGUUGUUAGGAAGGCGAACAGCCGAACUCUUUGAGAACACACACGUGUGUGCACAUAGACACGCAGAUCACAUUUGAUAAAUGUUACACAGAUGCAUUUGUGCAUUUGAAUACUCUGUAAUUUAUACGGUGUACUAUAUAAUGGGAUUUAAAAAAAAGUGCUAUCUUUUCUAUUUCAAGUUAAUUACAAACAGUUUUGUAACUCUUUGCUUUUUAAAUCUUAAAAAAAAAAAUAGUUGCUGAAGUACUGUACGGGGUUGUACAAUGAGAACCUAGCGCCGAGGCAGAAGAAAGAGUGAUUCUUCCUUAUGAUGCACAUUAACCACUUUGCUGUGGUAGCUGUCAGGAUAAAUUCCUUUCCGACAGCUGAUGGUCAGAUGAAAGGGCAUAUUCAUAUGGACUCCUCGGGGUAAGAAGAAUAAUGGGUAAAGCAAGAAAUGGCUGAGAUGUUCUCAUGCUAUUUCUAUGCCUCCUGGUCUGGAAGAAAAGUUAAAAAAAAAUUCCAUGAAAUAAGAAAGGAGGUAGUUACCCUGAGUUGACCCAGUGCAGGAAAUUUAGAAAACAUCAAAAGGAAGCCGGUUCCUGUGAGAUAAGUAAACCCAGCCUGACACAAUCUAGAAAAUCAAGAGCCAAUUUGAAAAGACCUUAGAACCCCAGGGGUGGCUUUCUGAGUGGGAGCUUAAAAAUCACUCUUCAUGCUUCCCUGGCCCUAUGUGAUAACAGAGUUAGAGACUUGAGUAUGAUUUCAGUCAUCUUCAGGGACCGGUAUGAUCAGUCCUAGCAAGAAAAAAAAAUCCCUUAAAAAGUGUCACUAUUCAAAUCAUAUGUCAGGUUGAAUCACAUUCAACAGAGAUAUAUUCUAGAAUACUUUUUUAGAAGAGCCUAAUAAAAUAAUGGGAAGAAUUAUAUUGAAUGGAAUUAUUUUUGAUAAUGAGAAUUAUUUGGGUAGUUUCACUGAGGCUAUAUCAACAUGAUAUUUAGACCAAUGAGAAAAAAAGUGUUUAAAAUAUAUUAAAACAACUUCUUAUUUAAAAAUUACUGAUACUAUUUAGACAAAAGCAACUGAUCAGUGGUUCUAUGACACUCUAUCAACUGACUUUAUUAGUAUCAUGUUGAAAUAGCUUGAAUUAAUACCUUUAUCCCCUCUCAAAUUCUUGUCUUCCAAUCAUUUCGCAUCUAUUUUUGUAAUUAAGUUGUUUAUGCCGCCUUUGUUUGUUCCCCUCUGCUCAGUAUUUCGAAGAGAAUUAUGAAUGCCAGUCCUGGUUGCACAAAAUAUCUUUAUGUACUUACAUGUUUUAAAAUGCAUAUUAAUUCUCACUGCUAAUAAUUCUAUAAGGACACAUCAAAGCUGGCCAAAAGAAUGCGUAUUUUUAAAAGCAAUACCAGGUUUCCAUCUCGGACCGACUUUGAUCCCGUUCAACACUUGAAAUUUCAUGUGUUCUUUUUCGAUUGUGGAAGUUCCUCCAAUUGGGAAUUGUGGAGGGAUGGUAAAUCUUCUGUAAGACCACCGAUGAAAAAUGAACAAGUCAGAGAAGAAGAGCUUCCCCGAAUGUUGGCAGAGCAGGGCAGCAAGCAGAGGGCAUAGAAUAGAGAGGGAUAUCUGCACUUAAUCCUAAAUGUUUUUGAAGCAAUGUCCAUCUUCAGCAAGCACGUACCAUUUACUCUAAUCUUCACCACUCCUUAGAUGUAGAAGGGCUAUAGAUCACAUGCAUUAUCUGAAAGAAAGUGCAUCCUUGGAAAAUUAUUUUGGAAGAUCGUGUCUAGGCAUUUCACUGCGUGGUAUAUUUCUGUUACCACUGGCCAUUAUUUUAGGGACUCAUGAAGUAAAUGUCACACUCAUCUUGCUUUCUCUGUCUUUUUAAGCAAAAUAAAACUGUGAUGCGUCUUUGUAAAAGUUUAGGUAUAAAACGCUAUGCAAGUUUUUCUUUAUAGUAAGAGCUUUAUUUUCCUUAACGAUAUACCCUGACUUAUAUAUGUUUUAAUCUCCCUCAUCCCUCAGAAUAAGCAGAACAUAUAACUGAAGCUAGAAUGUUGUAGACACAAGACUUGAAACUGUGCAGUCAAUAGAGCUGAAUUUAGCUAUGAAUUAAUUUAAAUUAAUUCUGAAGUGACUCUGGUUUCCAUUUUAGUCUGUUAGCUAGAGGGUCUUCGCUGUUGUGUUUUUAAAGAUAGGUCCAUACCGUGAAGGGAUAAGACAACCUGCGAAGGUGACCAGUGUAAUAGUAAGCCAACUAAAAUCAGGACGUUGUCGUGGGUUUUUUUUUUUUUUGUACUUAACUGGAUAAUGUCCUUCCACUGGCCUCUUCCCCUUGGCUAUGUAGAUAAAACUAUUUGUUCAAAUGAUGGUACUCUGGCUUUGAGGGCUUUUAUUUCUGUUAUCCACAAAACCAUUCUCAUUUAUUGGUAUUGUACGUUUAACUCCCAGUGGGAAUUUUGGCUGUUGAGACCUCUUUGCUUUGGAUCAGGAAGAACGAGAAUGGAGAGGUUCUUGUAAUAUCUUUGGGGAUUUUACAGAAUUAUUCCAGGUUUAAGUGGCACAGUGGAGAUCUAGUCAUGUGAAAUGGUUAGGGUGAUCUGACAGAAUUUUCUCUACUGAAGAGCGAAAAUCUAGUUACAGGAUUUAUUUUGAUCUUGUGCACAUCAUGACCAAGAGUGCUACGACUACAAUCAGCCUGCCAUUUAUAAUAACAUAACUGGGGCUCUCACCUAUACCAGGAUGGAAAGUACAUCAUAAAAUCUGUAAAAUCUCAGGCAUCUUACAAAAAUUGUUGAAUGACCAUCCCUGAUGGAUUAUGCUUUCACUGGCAUGUUUCAUCAUCAGACUAUGAUCUGCAGAUACAUCUGCUCUGUAUUUUCUCCUCUUUUGGUUUUCGUCAUUUUGUAUUUUGAGGUGAUUAGUCAAGGUUAAGGGUGCAGGCCAAGACCAGGUCCACUGGCUUAUAGAGAGCUUGAUGCUGACCAGCUGCGAUGAUCUCAGAUAGUAUCCAGCCUUGUCAGAGUGCAGAAAUAUGUCACAGUACAGAGGACAUUUCAGAAGGAGAAGGCAUAGCCAUGGUCACACAAUAUUAUCAACAGGUAUUCAUACCCUGGGUAGUUGCUCAUACCUGCUUGUUUGAGGAGAUGUUUUGAUCAUGGAGAGACCUUGGGCUUCACUCAAACACUCUCAGAUGCACUACACACACAUCACAUGGGACAUUCACAGGCAGAGACCACAAGGAUGUUCCCUAUUUUCUGUGCACAAGGUGGAGGACGAUCUCUUGCAUUAGGGAAAAAAGAUGCAAUUUCUAAUUAUCCAGAUGUUCAUUGAAACUAUAUUAGAUAUUCCCCCCCCCCCCAAGUUACAAACAAAAAUUAUGAUGUGACCGAUCUGGUAAAAAGUCUUAUUGAAGUAGCGCAUAGCACAGCUCCAUUUCCUACUAGUGCUGAUCGUAAUGGUCUUAGUCAUUUCACCAUGUCAGAACUUCCUUCUCUUCAUGUUGUGAGCAAGGCUCCCACUUAGAACACAGGGCAGCUUUGUGGUCCACAGGGAGCAGGUGCCUCACUUGAUCAGCAAACCCAGCUGCAGGGCCAUUGCAACAUUUGACUGUGAAGUGGCUCAUUUCACUCAGUGUCUUUGUUUAUGGCACUUUUCUCUAACUCUAAUAAGGAGACUACACUUUACUUUAGAGCAUGACAAUAGCACCCAUGCUCAUAACUUUCCUUUUCAGAUUCACAGGACAGCCAAGCAGAAGAGUACCCAACAGGGAAAAGAUACAUACACAGAACAGCUUCCAGUUCUUGAUCUUGUCAAAUAUUGCCUGAUGCUCUUUUAUUUAUGUCAAAACACUAAAGUUAGGAAGCUGUAGCUCACAUCCUUCUUUGGUUCCUUCUGCAAGGUUGAAAGACAAUUGCUGGCAUUGGGGGAUGCUUUUCACUGGCUGUGGGGAAGAUGUGUUUUACACAGAUGAUGAUGCUGUUAUAACAAAUCUUCUUUUGCUAUAUUUCUUUUUUCUCACUGCACACCCACCCAAAGAGCACAAAGCAAGGCCAUUGUGACAGGCAUUUUUUAAUCAGUAUGAAGUACGCAUGUGCGUGCAUACACAUAGACCUGAGGGCAUUUGUGAAGGUUGUCCAUAGGAUGUAAGAGACUUGUAAUCAGUUGAGGCAUGGUGAGUCACCAGCACUGCUUGUCCCCCUCUAGGACUGAUCUAUCCACUGAAAUCAAUCUGAUGACUUGUUAUUGUUUGAAUCAUUUGUCGAUUUGCUUCUGGUUUGUGUGAAGCGUGUUCUCUCUGACCAGGAACUUCAAGGAGCUGGAAGAUUCUGCAUCCCACAUCCUCUUGAGGCCUACCGUGUCACACACUCUGUUAACUACAAACUUCACUCCACGCUAUACAGUACCUUGUUGAUAUGUUCAGUAAAGGCUUAUUUUAAAAGAAAACCACAUUGUGUUUAUCUACUCAGUUCAUUGGGAUACAGCCAGUACUUAGUAUUGUUAAUGUAAAAGAGGAAGGAGGAAUGGAAGAGGUAAUAGGAUUUUCACAUUCUCCCACCAUGCAAACAACUCGUGUUGUGUAAGGGCCAUUUGAUUCUUUUUUUGUGUGUGAGGGGUUUAGUGAAAGCCUCAUGUUCUUUCCUAUUUCCCAACUAAAUUUUGUGUUCUCACAAGUAUCCUUAACAUAUACUCACAUAUACAGAACGUAUUGUUUUAUGUUUGUGAAAUUGAUGUUGUUUAGGAUGUAGAUAAUGACAAUGUAGUUAUCCAGUCAGAAUAGUCUUCUCCCUCAUAAUCUGCUCUUAACAUGCACUAUUGGGUUUGAAUGUCAGUUUUCUUUAAGAAUCCUCAUGGUACUUUUCUCCUUCAGAAUUGCUCAGAGCUCAUCACCUAUACUUUUCUAUGGGACACUCAUGAAAAUGUGUCUGUUCAAGUUCAAUUCUGGAUAUUCUGGAUUAGUCUCAUGGGAUGUUCCAGAACCCCUUUCCCUAACCUUCUUGGCCAUUUUCACCACUGAUGUAUUUGACAGAGAUUGAAUCAGGAAAUAAAAUUUUGACAUUUCAUUUAACUAGUAUCACUUAUUUGUAGACCCUCUGCUGGAAAAUGAACUACGAAAGAGAGUGGUAAUC